AUGAGGAAUCAUAUGGCAGCUGGGUGGUUCUAUUCACCUAGCCAAAUCUUCCGGUAUUUUGCGACACGCGUGUCAAGUUUGAGUCCACCAAAGAACAAGCUGAGAAACCCAUAUGCCAUCCUGAGAGAAUUGACCUCCCAUCAAUGGCUCAUGUUUGCAGCUGGUUUUCUUGGGUGGACAUGGGAUUCAUUUGACUUCUUCACGGUGUCCAUGACAGUCACGGAAAUCUCUGAGGCGUUUGAUGUAUCGUAUUCGGAUGUUUCGUGGGGUAUGACAGUUACGCUUAUGCUGCGGUCGGUUGGCGCUGUCAUCUUCGGGGUUCUGGCAGAUAGAUAUGGACGGAAAUGGCCAAUGAUUAUCAACCUGUUUCUGUUCAUCAUACUUGAGUUAUGCUCAGGAUUUUGCCAGACACUUCCCCAGUUCUUGGGCGUGCGUGCUCUUUAUGGUAUUGCGAUGGGAGGGCUAUUCGGUCCAGCAGCAGCCACCGCUCUUGAAGACCUCCCAUACGAAGCUCGCGGCUUACUCUCCGGUCUUUUCGAGAUGGGCUAUGCAACAGGUUAUCUUCUUGCCGCAGCUUUUUAUCGUGCCCUUGUGCCGACAACGACUCAUGGCUGGAGAAGUCUGUUUUGGUUCGGUGCAGGCCCGCCAGUACUCAUCAUCGCGUUUCGCUGGUGCUUGCCAGAGACGAACCACUUCCAAGUUAUGAAAGCAGAGCGUGAGGCACGAGCCCAUGCAGCCAGUCCUGAUGGUACCCAUGCAAUGGGCUUGAAAUUAUUCCUCCGCGAUGCUGGACGGGCUCUUCGCGAUAACUGGGUCUUGUUCAUCUACCUGAUUGUGUUGAUGACAGGCUUUAACUCAUGUUCCCAUGGUAGCCAGGACUUCUAUCCGACCUUCUUGAAAGAUCAAGUUGGUAUGGAUGCGACUCAGACCACAGUCAUCACUGUUGUAGGUCAGAUCGGUGCUUUAAUCGGUGGUUGCACAAUUGGCUAUAUCAGUACUUUCUUUGGUCGACGUCUUACCAUGCUUGUGUCGUGCGUUGUGGGAGGUGCCAUUAUCCCGGCGUACGUCUUGCCUCGAAACAUGUCGUUGGCCGCUUGUGCUUUCUUCGAGCAAUUCUUUGUUGGUGGUGUCUGGGGUCCGAUGCCAAUUCAUCUCCUCGAACUCUCUCCCAUCGCACUCAGGUCUCUUAUGGUGGGAUUGACCUAUCAGCUGGGUAACCUUGGAUCAUCUGCGUCGGCCACGAUUCAAUCUAUCAUUGGCGAGCGGUUUCCAUUACCGCCUGGGCCAAAUGGAAAGGCACGUUUCAACUAUGGCAAGGUCAUUGCCAUCUUCAUGGGCGCAGUCUGGGCAUUCAUUUUGUUCUUCCUCUUCUGGGGACCUGAAAUGUCGCAGGAGGAGAGAGACGAAGAGGCAGAGGAUGCUCUGCGGUUGGAGACAUUGCGCGCGCAAGGGGUGAGUUUGGCGGAGAUUGGACAGCACCAGUUCCAGAAACAAGAAGAUGCAAGAGAUUAUGAAGACAAGCCUCAGACAGAGCACAUUGCGUAG